AUGUUCUCACUGCGGAAGGAAAACAAUGAUUCUGUUAGGAAUGAUACUCCCGAGUUUAAGAAGGACCCAAACCCUAAAGGGACCGUGAAGUCAUUUGUCGCCGAAUCUCCAUCUGCCAAGUACAUCUUGGACAGUCCGAAACGCGACACCGUCGAAGCAGACUUGUGUCGGCAAGAACCAGAUGGGAGUAAACGGUGCAUCAAGGUUGCAUUACAAUCUCGCGCCCUGUUUUCAACGAUGCAGAGCCUCGGCUUCUACUGCGCCCUACCUUUCGAUCCAAAACACACGGAAAUUGAGUGUACCCCCAUGCCGAAAUAA